AUGCCCAGCGAUGAGAAUGCUCCCGUAAAAUUAUCUCUGCCGCUAGAAUUCCAGCAGGAUAUCUUCAAGGAAUUGCGCGAUGAAGACGAGCUCGUCCUUCUUGCCCGCGGCCUCGGCUUGCUGCGCAUCGUCACCAACCUUCUCCACUCGUACGAUGCCGCUGGUAAUAACUUGAUUCUUUUGGUGGGAGCCGACGAACGUGAAAAUGUUUGGAUAGGCGAAGCUCUCGCUGAGCAUGCUGCGGUCAGCAUGUCGCCCAAAGCGAGAGGCUUAAGUCUGGUCAAUACAGACUUGAUGAGUGUUGGAACUCGCGAGAAGAUGUAUGCACAAGGAGGAAUUUUCAGCAUCACUUCUCGCAUUUUGAUUGUCGAUUUCCUUUCAAGCCUGCUGAAUCCGGAGACGGUCACUGGCGUGGUAGUGUUGCACGCCGAGAAGGUCAUCGCAACCUCGCUAGAGGCAUUUAUCCUACGAAUAUAUCGGCAGAAGAACAAGGUGGGGUUUUUGAAGGCCUUCUCCGAUAGCCCUGAGCCCUUCACAACCGGCUACUCACCUUUGGCCAACAUGAUGAAGAAUCUAUUCCUUCAAAAACCUGCUUUGUACCCACGAUUCCAUGUUACAGUGGCCAGCUCACUAGAGGGACGGAAGAAAGCCGAGGUUAUCGAGUUGGAAGUCCCAAUGACGGAGGCAAUGAGAGAUAUACAAAAUGCGGUUCUCGAAUGCGUUGAGGCUAGCAUUAGUGAGCUGAGAAAGAGUAAUGCUGGCAUCGAGAUGGAAGACUGGACUUUGGACAGUGCUCUACACAAGAAUUUCGACACGAUGGUCAGGAGACAAUUGGAUCCAGUCUGGCACCGAACUACCUUCAAGACACGUCAAGUCGUUCGAGACCUGACUCUGCUAAGGACCAUACUGCACGCCCUUCUUACUUAUGAUGCUGUUGACUUCAACAAGUACCUUGACACAGUUCUAGCAGCUUCACAACCACCCCCAGGGUCUACCAAGCAUAAUCAGUCACCAUGGCUGUUUCUUGAUGCUGCAGAAACCAUUUUUACCACAGCAAAACGGCGCGUCUACUCUGGCAAGGUGUCAAAUGCAGAUUCCGGCAACGGGCCAGAGUCGAUGCAGCCAGUGCUAGAAGAACUUCCAAAAUGGGCACAGCUAGCCGAAAUCCUAGAGGAAAUCGAGCAAGACGCAUAUUUCAAUCCAACACCCCAAGAUGGGUCGAACGGCUCGAUUUUGAUCAUGUGCGGAGACCAAGGAACAUGUCGCCAAUUACGGGAAUACCUCCAAGUCAUGUACGCGCAGCCAGAGGGCACAAAACGCGGUGAACAGGACGAAGAUGGCCCGUCAGCAUCUUUCAUGAUGCGUCGCAAGCUGCGCCAUUAUCUUGGUUGGAAACGUGAUUUCAGUAAUGUUAGUGCGGCGCUCUUCUCCGAGAAUCAAAAGGCGAUAAACGGAAGCACGGAACAGCGUGUUCAAAGCGGCAAAUCAAAUAGAGCACCACCAAACAAGAGACGCAGAGUUCGCGGUGGUGGUGCACCCGGGGGUUCUACAAGGUCUGAAAAUGGCGCCAUGCGAACGGCUGGUGACCGCGAUGCCCACAUCGCGAGUCUCAUGGCGGAACUACAACCCACAGAAGCUGAGACAAUGCAAAAAGGAGAAAUUGGACUUGACCCACUCGACAAUAUGGAGGACUACUACGACUUGUUCGAUUUGAAUGAGCUCAUAGUUAUACACCCAUAUGAAGGUGAUAUGGACGAACACGUCCUCGAAGAGACGAAACCGCGAUACAUCAUUAUGUAUGAGCCUGAUGCAGCCUUCAUCCGACGAGUAGAGGUGUAUCGUUCCUCUCACACUGAUAGAACGGUCAAGGUUUUCUUCAUGUAUUACGGUGGUAGUGUAGAGGAACAGCGCUAUCUGUCCGCCGUGCGGCGCGAAAAGGACGCAUUCACUCGCCUUAUCAGAGAGCGUGGAAACAUGGCAUUAACCAUAUCCACCUCCAACCUCGAUCCCCAAGAGUCCUUUCUUCGGACGAUCAAUACGAGGAUCGCAGGAGGUGGUCGACUAAUCGCAACUGAGCAACCACCUCGCGUCGUCGUGGACGUGCGAGAAUUCCGCUCUUCACUUCCGUCCUUACUACACGGUCGAAGCAUCGUUGUCGUUCCCUGUAUGCUCACAGUUGGUGACUACGUCCUCACGCCUCACAUUUGCAUCGAGAGAAAGUCCGUCCGCGAUCUUAUCGGCUCCUUUUCCAACGGACGCCUUUACAAUCAAGUUGAAUCGAUGAUGGAGCACUAUAAAUCUCCUAUGCUCCUUAUCGAGUUCGAUCAGAACAAGUCAUUUACUCUUGAACCCUUCUCCGACAUGUCGAUGCCAACAACAACCUCGGGUUUGUCGGUGGCGCCGGACUUGCAGGCCAAACUUGUGAUGUUAACACUUGCUUUUCCUCGCCUAAAGAUCAUCUGGUCCUCAUCCCCAUACCAGACGGCAGAGAUAUUCUCGGAACUCAAGAAACAACAAGACGAGCCAGAUCCACUGAAAGCAGUGCAGACUGGCCUUGAUCCGAAUAUGGCGGGAGAGGAGAUGCGGAGUUUCAACCAGGUUACGCAAGAUAUGUUGAGGACGAUCCCUGGCGUCACGGAAAGCAUAGUGAUCAAGAUCGUUCUAGAAUGUCAAAACCUGCUGGAAUUCGUUAACAUGGAGGAAAAAGAGAUAUGUAAUCUCGUAGGAACACAGGCCGGCAGGCGGAUCUAUAGGUUCUUUAAUCGUAGCGUUUAUGAGGAUGUC